GAAAGGAACCCCGCCCAGCUAGCUCAAAUGCACCAAUCAGAUAUCGAUACUCUCAACACUACCUUUCAGGCUCUCAUCAGCACUUCCCGCGUGAAGCCCGUCGUGACGUAAAGAGGGUAGUAGCUAUGCAGAGAGAAAGAUUAAGAGAGUAGAACGGCAGUAGAUGCUGUGUUGUAAGCGGUGUGGCUUCGGUGGGGAAAGCAGCAGUUGUAAUACAUAGUUUAACUUUAUUUUUAUACUUUAUUAUUGUGUAUCACAAUACCAUCUUCUGUGAUGCCUGCUAGUCUGUUUCCCGAAAUGGAGCGUAGUGGCGGUGGUCUUGAAGAUCGGAGAGCUCUACAGUUAGCCUUAGAACUGUCAAUGCUCGGAUUGAACAACGAAAACGAUGCUCUUCAUCCCAACGAUUCCGAUCAUAUCAGAGGCAAAAAAAGUCAAAAUACUACAGAAUGCGUCCCUGUCCCAAGUUCAGAGCACGUGGCUGAGAUUGUUGGUAGACAAGGUUGCAAGAUAAAAGCUCUCCGGGCAAAAACAAACACUUACAUCAAAACUCCUGUUCGUGGAGAAGAGCCCGUUUUUGUAGUUACUGGUAGGAAAGAAGAUGUAACUGCUGCCAAAAGAGAAAUUGUUUCAGCAGCUGAACAUUUUAGCCAGAUCCGAGCCCAGCGAAAAAAUAACCAAAAUGGGGCAUUAGCCCCAGGGCCGAACUCCAACAUUCCAGGACAGACUACAAUCCAAGUUAGAGUGCCCUACAGGGUGGUUGGAUUGGUGGUGGGGCCUAAAGGUGCUACCAUAAAACGUAUUCAGCAACAGACCAAUACUUACAUUGUGACCCCCAGCCGUGAUAAAGAGCCUGUUUUCGAGGUGACUGGACUACCAGAAAAUGUGGAAAGUGCUCGAAAGGAAAUUGAAGCACACAUUGCUGUUCGUACCGGAGGUAUGCUUGACUCAAAUGAUGAGAAUUACUCACAGUCUAACGGAGCAGAUCCAACUUACUCUGGAAAUCUGAAUGGCUUUGUUACAUCUAUGUUCAAAUCUGAUCUCAAUGGAUUUGUUCCACCUUCACAAGAUAAGACAUUGCUCACACAGGAUAAUACUUUCUCCUCCAGUGGAUCAACAAAGCUUACAGACUUUUGCCCUUUUACGGGAGGUUUUUCCAAUGGCUUUGGUCUGUAUGACACAGAUGAGGGCUUAGGAGAUUCCCCAACUUUUGACCCCAUGAUCAUUCCACCACCGUCAUCGUGGUCUGAGUUAGGGCUGUAUCCCAGCUCAAGCUCUGGUUUGCCCCAUCGAAGUGGGAGUCUUAGCAUCACUGACAGUCUUGUCAUGGAUCAUCCUCCAGCCCGAAGGAUUCAGAGUGAUCCACUCUCUACCUUGCCCUCUUUUGCAUCACUGCCAAAUGUUGCCACCAGUGUACCAUUUAUGAACGGUAGUAGCAGUCUGGCUAGCAGCCCUACUGACUCAUUGGGUUCCCUUGGAAAGAACUGUAGACGAGAAUGUAUCGUAUGCUUUGAAAGUGACGUGGUUGCAGCUCUGGUCCCGUGUGGCCAUAACUUGUUCUGUCUGGAGUGUGCCAACCGAAUAUGUAAGAAGACAGAAGCAGAGUGUCCAAUAUGUCAUCAGCAGGUGUCACAAGCAAUUCGCAUUUACUCCUAGAUGCUGAGAUCUUUUUUGUCUCUUAUUGAUCUGGCUCUGAGUAAGCAAGUUCCUUGCUCAAGUCAACUUUGUCAUAGAUAUCAUCCUUUCUAACAUUCAAAUAUUUUGUAGUUUAAUAAAUUCUUGCACACUUAACUCUUCUCUCCAUUUAUCCUCGAUACAAAACUAACGUAGUAGUAUUAACGUGAGAGCGUCGUUAUUUGUUCUCAUGAAAUAAAGUAUUAACUAUGUAAUAAAGAUUUUAUUCUUGAUGUAAGAUUUUUAUUUAAAAUGGCUAAAUACUUACUGAAUAAUAUUCCUUUGGAAUAGAUGAGAAUAUGUAGGUUUUAAAUUGUAAAAAGUUUGUCACAUCGUUUGGUUGCCAAUUAAAUAUAUAUAUAUAUAUAUAUAUAUAUCCUAAAAAAGAGGCAAUUUAAAUAUUUUAUUCAAAAUUUUAUAAUAGUUUGUUUUAGUGUGAAAGGAACCCAGAAAAAAAAAUUAUAGAUAUAGAAAUUGAGCUUUAUAUGUAUUUGGCAAGGCCAUUCAUCUUGCACAACAUUAGGGUAAGUUUUCCUAUUUUUUUAAAUUUUAGUAUUUGUAUUUUAAUAUAUUUACUAAGUGA